UGCUGAGGGAGGGGGGAGGGGGGACACAGAGGGAGGAAGAAGCGGCGGCGGCGGCUCCUCUUUGCAGAGGGGGAAAACUCCGAGGAAUAAGAGCAGGAAUAAUGCGGUAGGCAAGGCGGGCUCCUGGCUCCCGGCUCCGGCAGCAGCGGCGAUAGCCUGAGCAGCGGCCGCGGCAGCGGCAGCAACAGCGGCAGCACCCCCAGGCGCUGACAGCCCCACCGGCCGGCUCCCUCUCUGACCGCCGACUGUCAAUGGAGCUGGAAAACAUCGUGGCCAACACGGUCUUGUUGAAAGCCAGGGAAGGGGGCGGAGGAAAGCGCAAAGGGAAAAGCAAGAAGUGGAAGGAGAUCCUGAAGUUCCCUCACAUUAGCCAGUGUGAAGACCUCCGGAGGACCAUAGACAGAGAUUACUGCAGUUUAUGUGACAAGCAGCCAAUUGGAAGGCUGCUUUUCCGGCAAUUCUGUGAAACGAGACCUGGGCUGGAGUGUUACAUUCAGUUCCUGGACUCAGUGGCAGAAUAUGAAGUUACUCCAGAUGAAAAACUGGGAGAAAAAGGGAAGGAAAUUAUGACUAAGUACCUCACCUCAAAGUCCCAAGUUUUCAUCGCCCAAGUCGGCCAGAACCUGGUCUCCCAGACUGAGGAGAAGCUCCUUCAGAAACCCUGCAAAGAGCUCUUUUCUGCCUGUGCACAGUCUGUCCACAACUACCUGAGUGGAGAACCCUUCCACAAGUAUCUGGACAGCAUGUAUUUUGAUCGCUUUCUCCAGUGGAAGUGGUUGGAAAGGCAACCAGUAACCAAAAACACUUUCAGGCAGUACCGAGUGCUAGGAAAAGGGGGCUUUGGGGAGGUCUGUGCCUGCCAGGUUCGGGCCACCGGUAAAAUGUACGCCUGCAAGCGCUUGGAGAAGAAGAGGAUCAAAAAGAGGAAAGGGGAGUCCAUGGCCCUGAACGAGAAGCAGAUCCUAGAGAAGGUCAACAGUCAGUUCGUGGUCAACCUGGCCUAUGCCUACGAGACCAAGGAUGCACUAUGCUUGGUUCUGACCAUCAUGAACGGGGGUGACCUGAAGUUCCACAUCUACAACAUGGGGAACCCCGGCUUCGAGGAGGAGCGAGCCCUGUUCUAUGCUGCAGAGAUCCUGUGCGGCUUGGAAGACCUGCACCGCGAGAACACCGUCUACAGAGAUUUGAAACCUGAAAAUAUCCUGUUAGACGAUUACGGCCACAUUAGGAUCUCGGACCUGGGCCUGGCCGUGAAGAUCCCUGAGGGAGACCUGAUCCGCGGCCGGGUGGGCACCGUCGGCUACAUGGCUCCGGAGGUCCUGAACAACCAGAGAUACGGCCUGAGCCCCGACUACUGGGGUCUGGGCUGCCUCAUCUAUGAGAUGAUCGAGGGCCAGUCGCCGUUCCGAGGCCGCAAGGAGAAGGUGAAGCGGGAGGAGGUGGAUUGCCGGGUCCUGGAGACCGAGGAGGUGUAUUCCCACAAGUUCUCCGAGGAGGCCAAGUCCAUCUGCAAAAUGCUGCUCACCAAAGAUGCAAAGCAGAGGCUGGGCUGCCAGGAGGAGGGGGCUGCAGAGGUCAAGAGACACCCCUUCUUCAGGAACAUGAAUUUCAAGCGCUUAGAAGCCGGCAUGUUGGACCCCCCCUUCAUUCCAGACCCCCGGGCUGUAUACUGUAAGGACGUGCUGGACAUUGAGCAGUUCUCCACUGUGAAGGGCGUCAACCUGGACCACACGGAUGAUGACUUCUACUCCAAGUUCUCCACCGGCUCCGUGCCCAUCCCCUGGCAAAACGAGAUGAUAGAAACAGAAUGCUUUAAGGAGCUGAACGUGUUUGGACCCAACGGUACCCUCUCGCCAGACCUGAACAGGAGUCACCCACCAGAACCACCAAAGAAAGGGCUGCUCCAGAGACUCUUCAAGCGUCAGCAUCAGAACAAUUCCAAGAGUUCGCCCAAUUCCAAGACCAGUUUUAACCACCACAUAAAUUCAAACCAUGUCAGUUCAAACUCCACUGGAAGCAGCUAGUUGCAGCUUGGUCUUGAAGUCCACGGUGGGACCAGCCUAGACCCUUCUCCUUAGAAGCGGAUCUCGUGACCGGUGGAGCUUCUGCUCUGGCUGGGCGGCCGGGGGAGCCCCCGAGGAGCCGGGGAAGGAGGCCGUCACCCCCUCGACGCAGAGCCUCCAGGCUUCUCAAAGCGAUUUCCACUCAGGUCUGUUUGCAGAGGUGGCCCUCGAGCCGGGGUGGACUGGAUUUGUCUCUGUCGGACUUUGCAAUAGAAAUCCAAUUGGAUACGACGACUUGCACGUAUUUUAAUAGCGUCAUAACUAGAACUGAAUUUUGUCUGUAUUAUUUUUAAAGAAAAGUUUUGUAAAUUUCUCUAUUGCCUCAGUUUACAUUUUGUAUAUUUGUAUUUAAAUGAAAGUCAGACUCUGAGGGUGUAUAUUUUCUGUGCAGCCACUGUUAAGCCAUGUGUUUUCAGACAUUUUAGAGGGGGUGGGGAGAUUAAAAAAAAAAAAUGUGACUCAAGACUUCCAGAGCCUCAAAUGAGAAACGUUUUUAUUAAAUGUAGAAAAUGAUUCACUUUUCACCUUUAAAAGGAUUGGUUGUAUCCAUCUCUCGAAGCUUUCCCUCACAUUGGUGUCACCCUUCUGUUGGCUUGUAAGAACCGGAAUUAAGUGCUCCGAGACACUGUUGGGACUUCACCCCCAGCCACAGCGUCCUUUACUAGGGCCGUGGGGUUUGGGGCCCGCUCCAGCAGGACGUGCCCUGUUCCCGCAGGGGCACACGGGGCCCUUGUUGCUUUGGGUCGGCCUCCUUCCAUCUGAAAGGCGGCAGGUCUGUGGAGCCCCGUGUCUUCAGCACAGUGGUCUCUGGGUCUCUUUCUUUCUAAGCAGGUUCUGACUGCUAAAGCCAGCGUGUUUUCAAGAGGCUUGUGUGUGGGAUUUUUGUUUCAUUCUAUUUUUAAGAGAAGCAUCACGAUGAUAAGGAGCAGUGACAGAGCCCCAAGUGUCCCAAACCUUUAUGGCCCAUGGGAGCAUCAGGGAGUGGGGUCAGUGGGUUAUCCUGGAUGAAUCUGUAGAGGGGAGGUGGGCUUGCCCAGGGACUCUGGGUGCAUUCCUUAAGUGUUUAUGAGGUCACAGGGUCUCGAGAGCUUCCCAGGGCCCGCAGAUUCAUUGGCCCAGGUGGCAUGGAUGGGUUGGCUCUCCAGAAGGCCUAAGGAGAGGUUGGGCCACCAAAGAAGCUCAAGACAAACUCACUGUCACCUCCUGGGAGGGUGGGGCAUCUUAAGGAAUUGGGCACAGGUAACCCCAGGAGGACUUGGGGCCUUUCCCAGACCAGGGCCUCUGAGGGCUGUCCCCAGGCUCUUAGAGCAUGGCCAUCUAGUCCCAGGGAGCCACUGGCCCCCCUUACUGCUUCUGAGAGGUGACAGCAAACCCGCCCUUGUCUCCCCUCUGGGACAGGAUAAGAGGCUCACUUCCCCUGCUCCUCUGCCUGGCUGAGUCCCUGGAGACGGAGUUGGCCUCAGUCAGACCUGGUCUCAGCCACCGGGAAACUGCCAGGGUUUCUCCCAGUGCGGGCCCUGCACUCAUAAAAUGCAGAUUCACCCCAAACCUAGGCGUCUGCAUCUUUUGAAAGCUUGCCAGGUCAUCCUGACGCACCCUAGGCCAUUCGUGGGACUGUAGAUGUGACCACCCCAAACGUAUUUCUCUAGGUGACCCAGGCAGCUUUGGGCAUGAGCUUCUGCGGGGGGACAGAGCAGUGAGGGUGUCAGCCUUGUGUCCCAGUUUCCAUGCUCUUUUCCUAAACGUUACCAGUGGUCCUGGAGUAUCAUUCUCGAAAGCCUGACCUUUGGGACUGAUCAUUUUGAGGUUAUUUUUAUGAACAAACGGGAGAGAAGAAACAGCUGGCCUUCUCAGGUCCCUUUAAUGGGCAGUAUUCUUUUCUUCAGGACCAGCUCUGGUCUUACAAGGCUGCCUGCAUUACCCUUCUUGGGCUGAAUACAAGAUAAAUACAAACAGCUAUCUUCGGUUUUUGCCAAGAAGGGGACAGCCCCGUGACCCCAACCUCUUUUAAGAUCCCCAGGCUCUUGCUGACCCUCCUUUCUUAGUGACAAGAAGGACGGUCAUCGUCCUGGGACAAUCACCAGCCCAAGCCACAGCCCCCCUGUCCAGCAGUUUCAUUUAUUUUGUCCAAUUAACAGCAGCCCAACCCUUACCAAGUGGACUGGCAUUGAGAGGCCAGUCUCUUUUCAUGCCUCAAAGCCAACACACUGUCCAUUUGCAGUAGAGAGUCCUCAAGGAGAGAGAAAGAAAACAUAGAUCUAUUUAGUGUACUUCUAUGUCGUGGGAGCUCAAAUGAUGCGACAGCACGGGUCCUGUGCGACUUAAAAUAACUGGAAUCUUCCUUCACGUUCGCCAGUCCCCUGCGAGUGCCCAUAGGACAUAGGGUCAGAGGUCCUGGCCUUGUCAAACCUAUUCUUCCUUUUGGCCCAUUGCUUUGUACAAGAGAAGGGAAGUCUUAAUUUAGAACAGUGCCUGAAAAUUCGCCCUCCUCUCACCAAGUCCCCAGGUCCCCAUAAAUCCUGUCUCUGACCCUUCUCCCCUCCCCCCCCCCAAUUGCUUCUACUCCAACUUGUUUCCUAUAACUGCAUUUUUAAAGGUAUUUUUUUAUU